CGUGAGUUUAGCAGACUACUACAGUACCGUACAAGCGUGUAGUACUACUUCCUAGUGCUUGUGCGCCUUGAUCUACCAGGCCUGGAUUCGAUCGGAGGCGAUGGCGAACGCCGGGCUGCGCGCCUACCGGGAGGUGCUGCGGCUGGUGCGGCGGCUGCCUGCCGACGCGCGGCCCUACUACGCGAAGUACGCCCGCGAGAAUUUCGUCAACUACCGCCACCUAUCCGCCGACGACGACCUCGCCGGCCUCCUCCGCCGCGCCCAUGCCCACUCCUCCUGGGUCCUCUCCAAGUACUCCAUCGACGCCGCGGAGGCGGCAGGGCGGCUCAAGGAGAUCUGCGGCGAGCGCGGUCCCGAGUGAGGGAAGACCGUGGCAGCAGCCCGCGGCGCGGUGGUGCGUGCACGCAAGGUGUUCGGCUAUAUGCCUCUGUACUGGUUUUUAAGUUCCCUGCCCGAACAGGGUGAUGUGCCCUGUUCUACCUCUACUGUGUUGUUUUAGAGCUGGGCGCUUCCAUGUUUCCAAAUGUUCUACAGUAGUGGAAAAUAAGAUCAACAUUCUGCUUC